AUGCCUCCGUCGCAGCUGAAGCAGCUCAAGGCAUCGCUCCGCGACAGCGGCGUGGUAGGUCCUCAAAAGUCUAAGAAGCAGAAGCGCCAAAAUGCAAAGUCCGGUGCGAAUGCGCAAAACCGAGGCCAGCGCGAAGCCGCUCUUGACGCUAUUCGAGAUCGAUUCAACCCUUUUGAGAUUAGGACGGUCUCUCGGAAUAAGUUUGAUGUUACUACGCGCGAUGGCGGUUCCAAGCCCGCUGCUGGGCGGUUCCGGCCUGGUGUUACAAAGUCUCUUGGUGAAGAAAAGAGACGUCAAACCUUGCUGCAGGAAAUGGACCGAAAGAACAAAGUCGGCGGUAUCAUGGAUCGCCGAUUCGGUGAGAACGACCCUACAAUGACCCCCGAAGAAAGAGCUGCGGAACGAUUCGCCAGAGCCAGUCAAAAGAAGAUGCGCAAAGAUUCAAUGUUCAACCUAGAGGAUGAUGACGAUGAUGAAGAAGAGGAAUUUACUCUUACACACAAGGGUGAAUCACUAUCAUUUGGAGACGGAGAAGGAGUUCAGGAUGAUUUCGAGGAAGACUUGGAAGUAGACGAUAUGUCCGACUCUGAGAUACCCCGCAAGCGGAAACGAGUUCUCGACGACGGCGAAUUUGAGGAACCUGGGUCGCAAGACGAGGAAGAAGUGCCCGGGAGGAAAAAGUCAAAGCACGAGGUCAUGCAAGAAGUCAUCGCCAAGUCCAAGUUCUACAAAGCGCAGCGGCAGAUGGCCAAGGAGGAUGAUGAUGAUUUGCGUGAAGAGCUCGACAAAGGUCUACCAGAUCUCUUCGAGAUGCUCCGAGGCGUAAAGCCCCCACCAAAACCGGAACCUCCGAAGAGCGACAUAGCCGGAAUGAACCCCGAUCGCGCAGCCCUUUUGCAGGGCAAGUCCCAAGGGGAUACCGAGGCGGAGUACGAUCAACGUCUGAAGCAACUGACGUUCGACAAGCGAUCGAUGCCCACGGACCGUACAAAGACGGAAGAAGAGAAGGUCGAGGAGGAAGCCCAGAGGUUGAAGAAACUAGAGGAAGAACGAGUUCGUCGGAUGCGUGGCGAGGAAGUUAGCGAAGAUGAAGCAGAAGCCGCAGAGGAGGAAGUCGACGAAGACGAUGAGAACGCUGACAUGUUUGAAGAGGAGUCACUCCCAGAUGAUGCAAAGGAUUUCGGACUGCAGCAGCCUACGAGCCAUUCCACUUCGCGUCCUGAAGGUAUUGACGACGAAGACGACUUUAUCCUUGAGGACGAUCUCGUAGAGACGAGGUCAGACGUGAGUGCGUCGUUUGAUGAAGAAGACGACGACAUGCUUGAUUCCGCAGAAGAUUCCGAGGAGGAAUCCGAGCAGGAGGACGAACUUAUAAACGGCCUUACUUUCCCUGGUGGUAGCAAGCCCGGCGACGCAGCUACUUCAGAAAUGCCCGCGGACGGUCUCGCAUACACAUAUCCAUGUCCUGGGACGCACGAGGAAUUCCUCAAGAUCAUUAAAGACGUCUCAUAUGAGAACCUUCCCACAGUCGUUCAGCGAAUUCGAGCCCUGCACCACCCCCGCCUCCACAGCGAAAAUAAAGCGAAGCUUGGCCGCUUUGCUGCCAUCCUCGUUCAGCAUGUCGCAUACAUGGCUGAUCAACCCGAACACCCUCCCUUUGCUAUCCUGGAGAAUGUCCUCCGACACAUCCACUCGCUUGCAAAGACUCACCCUGAGAGCGUCUCUCUAGCAUUUAGGGCGCAGCUCCGUGAAAUCGCGACGGAUCGCCCGCUCAACCUGCGCCCGGGAGACCUUGUCAUCCUCACCGGCGUGGCCGCAAUUUUCCCUACCUCAGACCACUUCCAUGCAAUUUCCACGCCCGCCCACCUGUGCGUCGCACGGUACCUCGGACAGGGUCCCGUGAACAGCGUCUCAGAUCUAUGCACGGGUACCUACGCUGCGAGUCUAGCCUUACAGUACCAAACGGUCUCGCAACGCUACAUGCCCGAGUGUCUCAACUACAUCCUAAACGCACUCUGCCUCCUUAGCCCAGAGGCUCCCCCUUCUCAACCACGCCUGGCCUCAUUUCCUGUGCGCAAUCCUACCGAUACCAACUCACAUUCCCAGUCUUUCCGUCUCAAAAUUUCAAAGACUUUGAACCCUCGCAAACUCCAAUUCUGGGACAUCACCAACACCACCACCCCUUCAGAAACGGAGGACCUAAAACUCGCCCUCCUGACAACCCUAAUUUCCCUCCUAAACACAGCGUCAACCUUGUGGUCCUCUAAAUCCGCCGCCCCAGAAAUCCUCCAACAAGCUCUCUCCGUCCUCCAGCACAUAGCCUCCUCUUCUUCAACCGCUCCCAACAAAAAAACCAGGAAGACCGCACAAUCGUCACUCCCCGCCUCAGCCCUCACAACCCUUCAAACCACCAUAUCAAGCCUCACCACCCACCUCAAAACCGCAAACAAAGCCCGCCGCCCCUUACUCCUACACAACCACCGCCCGCUCGCGAUCAAAGCUGCGAUUCCCAAAUUCGAAGACACCUUCAACCCUGACAAGCAUUACGAUCCCAACCGCGAACGCGCAGAACUCAACCGGCUCAAGGCCGAGUACAAGCGCGAGCGCAAGGGUGCGAUGCGCGAGCUGCGCAAGGAUGCCAACUUUGUGGCUCGCGAGAAGCUGCGCGAAAAGAAGGAGAAGGAUGCGGAGUAUGAGCGCAAGUAUCGUCGGCUUGUGGCUGAGGUGCAGAAUGAGGAAGGCCGUGAGGCAAAUGCGUAUGAGAGGGAGAAGAGGUUGCGGCAGGGGAAGAGGUAG